AUGGCAUCGGCUCUGGUAACCAAGUACCUCACGCUGUACAACAGCAUUUCGACCUUUCUGUGGUUUGCCGUUCUGGCACGGCUUCUGAUUCUGCUGCCUCUGGUGGGAUACGAUUACGUGUCUGGGGGUCUGCGGGACUUCCUCAUUGGAGUCCAGACUCUGGCAGGCCUGGAGAUCUUCCACUCGCUGUUCGGCCUGGUGCGAUCGCCCCUGCAGACCACCGUGAUGCAAAUCUUCUCGCGAUUUGCCCUCGUGUGGGGCGUGCUGUACCAGUACCCCCAGACCGGCACUGACAUCUUCUUCACCUUCAUGGUGAUUGCGUGGUCCGUGACCGAGGUGAUCCGAUACUCCUUCUACGCGCUUAACCUAGCUGGCUGGGGCGUCCCCGACUGGCACCAGUGGAUCCGAUACAACUUCUUCCUGGUGCUGUACCCUCUGGGUGUGUCUGGCGAGAUGAAGCUCAUGUGGAACGCCAUUGCCUACGCCCGAACCGAGCAGCCCUACUUUGCUCUCUUCCUCAAGGCCGCCAUGGUCAUCUGGCCCAUUGGACUCUACAUUCUCUAUUCCCACAUGCUCAAGCAGCGAUCCAAGCAUUACCGACAGGUUAUCAAGAAGGACAGAUAA